GCGACAAAACUUAUAAACUUACUUCUUCUACCUGCUUUGCUUUCCUCCACAAAUUUCAGGAUGGGAAGAAUGGUGAUGGUGGAUGAGAAAUUCUGUUUCGAAGAAGAAACGCAGCUAACCGUGCAUAAGACGUCAGUGUUUUAUCGAGGAGAUGGGUUUGUGGUAUACAACCCAAAAGGGGAGCUGAUGUUGAGGUUCGAUUCUUACUACGGCCCCCAUGGCCAUCCACUACCCAAAGACGAGCUGGUUCUCAUGGACGCCACUGGCAACUGCCUUCUCACCCUCAUUCGCAAGAAGCCAAGUCUCCAUCAAAGGUGGGAAGGAUUAUUAGGCGAAAAAACAAAAAAUGAAAGCCCAAUUUUCUGUGUCCAUCGAUCAUCCAUCAUCGGACGGUCAAAUGUUGUAGUGGACGUAUACGGUGAUCCAAGCCAGGAGUACCAUAUAGAUGGCUCCUAUCCCCAUCGUUGCUGUACAAUCUACAACACUUCUUUAGAGAGCUCAUCAAAGGAACCAAUGGCUGAGAUCAAAAGAAAAGUGGACCCCUCAACUCAUGUGAUGCUGGGCAAAGAUGUGUUUUUGUUGUGUCUUAGGCCAGGGUUUGACAGUGCAUUUGCAAUGGCCUUAGUCCUCAUUCUUGAUCAAAUGUUUGAUGAUGCUGAUAUUGAUGACGAUGAUACCAAAGAGGAUCCUACUCAUGUUGCACUGGAUUCUUCCUCUUAACUCGCUUUUUUACUACUUUUUUAAAAUAAACUUUAAUCUGAUUAAGUCAAAUAUUAGAAUUUUAUUUUAGGUAAAACCUUUUACUACAUCCUUUCAAGUUUUUCUAAUUUUAUAUUAA